GCCGGGCGCUGGGCGGAGGGCGGCCCGGGCUGCGCUGCCCCCCCCCCGCGCCUGCCCCCCACUCGGGCCUCGGCCGGCAAAAAUGACCGCUGGCUCCAUUUUAGCGCCUCAAGUGAUACCACUUCGAAUCCCAACAGCAGGCAAAGCUAAACAUGAAAUAGACACAAAUACAUUUAUAGAAAUCAAAUCAGAUACCCCUGAUGUUGCCCUGUGUUACACUAUAGAUGGACAUAAACCAGAACCGUUUAGGAGAGUAGGUUACAGAGACUGCAAUACGUUUAAAUACAAGGGACCAAUUUUAUUACCAGCUGGGAAAAUAACAGUCAAAGCAUUGGCAGUCACAAAAGACUGCCGAGAGAGCGCUGUGGUAACAAAAGUGUUCGUGGUAGACCUCGUAUCUCCACACACGCACACGCCUGAUGGAAAUAACGACAAGACUUUACAGAGGGAUCCCUCCAUGCAGGAGAAGGAAAAUGGAUUAUGUGAUUUAAGGCUGGAAAAGAAAGAAGUGAAUGGGAAAAGCAAACCCGACUGGAAUGGUGUAGCCCAAGAAUGUCAAGGCGUGCCAAAAGAAAAAGGAUUUAUGCCCUCACCAUCUGUUGGGCAGCACCUGCUUAACUUGAACACCUCGUGUGAUAAAGAAGAGUCCAGCCCUGCCACGUUGAGACCUGAGUCACAGUUUCCCAGUUCUGCUGUGAGUAAUAGAAGUCUUACCAGCACUCAAGCAUUGAAAACUCAGAGGGGGAGAGAUUUCCUCAAGUGUGCGCAGUGCUUUGCUCCUCGCUCGCUGGACCCAUUUGCUCGUUUCUGUGAGGAAUGUGGUUCACUGAUCCCACCUGUGCCUGGAUUCAGUCUCUCGCCUCCUGGAGAAGCUCAGAUGGGACUUUGUGUCGAGUGUCAAACUAUGGUGCCAUUGAACACACCAACUUGCAUUGUGUGUGAGGCUGUGAUGGCUCCACAGUCUCAGCCUCCAGCGAGCAACUACUUAAAGGGCAAAGUUGUAUGUCCGGUGUGUGGAUCAGGAAAUCCAGUUCAUGUCAAACUGUGUAUGAUCUGUGAGAACCAGCUUCCUGAAGUGCAAACGCCUGCAGUCAGCAGAGAAGUGCCCCCAUCACUGCCCAGUCAUUUGAGAAAAAAUGUGUCCUGCUCAAAAUGUGGCCAGGCCACCAACCAGGAUGCUCAGUUCUGUGGCUGGUGUGGAGCGAAGCUGAGACCCCCUCCGCUGUAUUUCACUUGCUUCAAGUGCAAUGCAAAGAACUGUAUCUGGGCACAAUUCUGUGGCACUUGCGGUGUUCCCCUUGAGCCUCUGUACAGGCAGGGCUGUGAGGACAACCUCUUGUGGGUUGCUGGAGAUGGCUUUGUGGUUUCUGAGAAGAAUAGCUUGCAGAACUGGCAGCAUUCCAUUGUUCCAGUCUCAACAUCAAAAUCUGAUCCACUUAUGAGAAAAGAGCAAGGAACCCAAACAGUUGGCCUGUUCUACCCAUCUGGGAAGUUCUUGGAGAAGAGAGAACAUGAGCUGGCCUCUCAAAAGGAAGAGCGGCGUCAGAUGAGCCACCGCAAGACCCUCUUCACAUCCAUCAGUCCCGGAAGAGGUUACUGGAGAAAGCAACUAGAUCAUGUGUGUGAACACCUCAGAAGCUAUGCACAGAACAAUAUGGAGUUCAGGACUUUAAUUGGAGAGCCGCAGAUGGGAAAGCUUACGUCUGCAACCAUCCAUGAGGAUGGACAUCAAGUCAGUCUCCGGCUAAAUUAUGCACUUGCUAUAAAUAAGGAAAUUCUAACAUAUACACCAACGACAUUCGAUUAUCGUGGUCCAAGUUCCAGCAAAGGAGGUACAAAUGGAUUAUAUGGAAGAAAAGCCACUUUGCCAAAUGAAGAAAGCCAGAGUAUCUUGAGUCCCAGGAAGAAAAUCCAUAGAAUGGCCAAGACAUGGGAAUGUCUAGACCAGGAAGACAAACUUUGUAGUAAAUCUAGGCAGCUGCUGAAGGAAGUUGGUCCAAACGGCAAGGGGAGACCUUUUUUGGUAGAGCAACUGAUUGAUGAGGGAGCUGAUCCCAACUGCGACAGUGAUGAAAACCGUCCUGCUUUAACGUGGGCUGUCCUGAACAAGCACCAUGAGGCCGUUCCUGUUCUUGUGCAGAAAGGCGCAGCCAUCGAUCAUCCGUCAGGACCACUUAACAACACAGCUCUGCAUGAAGCCAUCUUGCUUGGCCUGGAGGGGCUGAACUGCACAGAAGCGUUGCUAGGAUGUAAUGCAAAUAUUAAAGCAAAGAACACCAGAGGACUGUCUGCCUAUGAUUUGGCCCUGAAGAGCAACAGUGACAAAAUAGUCUCCCUGUUUGCUAGUAAACUGGGGCAGGGUAUAUUGGACAACACUACUACAACCAAGCAGAGUCCAACUAACUACUAACCAAUUUAGAAGAAAUCUUUGUGAAGUUGUGUGCUUUUUGUUCUUGAUUUCAGUUAAUUGAAAAGUUGUGGGCUUAUUACCAGGUUAUAUUGCGUAUGGGUAUGUAUGGGGGGGUGCGGGGUGCACUAUUUGGAUUUUCUGCUUCUGAGAACCUAUUUUUACAUCCUGGUCUCCUGCGUCAGAAACAAGCCCUAGCAACUCUCACCUGCGCUUCCAUCGUGCCUGAAGCAGCCAUCUUGCUCAGCCUGGGGGGGGGCACUCAUUUGAGCCCCCACAGAACUUAACAGAUGUAUCCAUGGACAUAGAGGGAGAAACUCAUUCCUCUCCGGAGCAACUAGGCAACAGCUGAAAGGAAAUACUUAGCAACAGGUUAACUGGGUUGUUUAAAGCAACCCUGAAACAGUGCCUCAGAAUGGUGGGCCGGGACUCGAGAUGUCCCCCUGCUGUAACUUCUUCAUGAAAUAUUUCUGUUCCCGGCCGAACACUUUUACACGCAAUCAGCAGAUACCAGUCCUUGCCUUGGUUCAGCUGGUCACGUCAGAUCAUCAGAACAUCGACCAACCAGUUCAGUGCCUUUUCCCUGCCAUGUCCUAGAGGAUGGGAGGGGAAGGCCAGGCUGCGUCUCCUAGACCAGGCAGUUUAGUAAAAUUCUGUUCUUAGUAAGAAGUGCCAUAAAUGCAUGUGUAAAAUGCAAUCAAGCUGUAAAAACGAAAUAUGCAUGAAAUGCAUUGCUAUUGCAAAGCUUAGAUAUCUUUUUUAAGUUUGAGAUAUAUUCAAAGAAGGUAGGAAAUUAGUGUUCAACUAUUUUGUUAUCUUAUGAAUUUCAUUUUAUGUCUUUGUUUUUAGCCCUGGUAGAACAAAGUGAUGUAUUGCUGUCAAGUGGACGUAGGCACGAAUCGAAAUACAAAGCAAAUUUUGUCACAAAAUUGGCCGUUUCGUGUGUCGUGCAACGUUUCAUGGGGCUGCAGUAUUUAUGAAAUUCAUGAGUUUUUUGGCCUAUUUCAUUCACUUUGUGAAUGUUUCAUAAUUUCAGACAGGCUGGCACCAAUCCAUUGAUUCCCUAGGCAACAAUGGGCCCAGACCUUUUGUUGCCAUUGGAAACCCCAAUCAUAGCCCACUUAUCCUUGACUGGCAGCUCUCCUAGCCAUCUGGAGAGCUUCCAUUCUGCCCUAUACAGCCAGGAGCUGGGGGUCAAUACCUUAGGCAACCAAGGAGGUGGGCCUUCUGUAGCCACGGGCACACCAAUCUCACCCCUCCAAACCCUGUUAAGCAGGUCUAUCAGCCAACCACAGACCUCCUGUUUCCCCUUUCUCUCUGCCUUGUGUUUCAGUCCCAGGAGGGAGAGGGAGGACUUGCUGUUGUUGCUGGGAUUGGAAUAGCGAGAGUGUGGAUUUGGGAUUGUGCUUUGGCUGCUGCUGCUGCUUUGAGACUGAGAAGCCUCACGGUCCCCGUUUCAGUCAAGCACUCUGGCAGCACUUGGCUCCCGGUCAACAUAUUGCAAUUUUGGCCAAACUGGAGGGUGGGUGGAGGAGAACCUCCUGAAGUCUCCUUGCGAGUUUGGCACUUCUCUGGGUAAAGGGGACCGUUGAAAUGCCCCUGGUUUUGGCGAAUCAUGAAACUAACGAAUCGUUUUGUGAAACAGGUGAAUUUCGUGAAAAUUCGUGGUUCAUGAUUCGUGAAUGAUGAUGAAACAUGAACCUCUCGUUCUGGGUUUUUUCCAUUUCGUGCCCAUGUCUACUGUCAAGAUGUUUUGAUUGCUUUUAAUGGUUUAAAAACAUGAUUUUAUAAUGUAUGUUUUUAUUUGUUAGCUGCCUUGGCAGCCCUUAUAAGGACAGAAAGGUAGGAUAUAAACAUUGUUAAAUAAAAGAAAAAAUAAUGUCAGUUCCAAGGAAAUCCACCAACUUU